UUUUCUGCUUUCCAGGUGAGCUUCAAUCCCCAGGAUAACACCCAGGUUUGUAUAACUGGAAAUGGCAUUUUUAAGCUUUUCAGAUACACUGAGGGGACUUUGAAACAGACCAACUUUCAGAGAGGAGAACCUCAAAACUACUUGUCGCAUGCCUGGCUCUCCGAGGACAGGGUAAUGGUUGGCACUGACACAGGCAAACUCUUUCUUUUUGAGUCAGGAGAUCAGCGCUGGGAAACAAGUAUAGAAUGUAAAGAACCUCCCAGUGAAGUGGUAAAGGACAAGGUGCCACAUGAAUCUGAGAGCCUCUUUGAAUUUCCUACUACCGGUUCUCCUGAUCUCUCCAGUGAGAUGCUCAGUGAAGCUGUUGGCCAACAGCAGGCUACCUUGCCUCAAGUCUCUGCCAUUGCUGCCUAUUCCAAAGGUUUUGCAUGCUCAGCUGGGCCUGGAGUUGUUCUAUUGUUUGAGAAGACCGAAGAGAGGGAAGGUUACAGGGAGAACCGAGAAAUCCGGAUUCCCCAGGAUCAGCGCAGCAGUGACCCAAAUCAGUCAGAUAAGCAGGAUGUUACGUGCAUGUGUUUUAGCCCGUCAGAGGAAACGCUACUCAUUAGCACAAGUAAAAAUCAACUCUACAUCUUUACCAUGUCCUCAAGUGACAUAAUUAAGGCGGAACCAGCUCACUUUGAAUAUCUGAACUUCCCAUUACAUUCUGCUGCCAUCACUGGACUGGACACCUGUAUCCGUAAACCCCUCGUUGCUACCUGUUCCCUAGACAGAUCUGUCCGCAUCUGGAACUAUGAAACCAACACUUUAGACUUGUAUAAGGAGUACCAGGAGGAAGCCUAUGCAAUUUCUCUUCAUCCCACUGGCCAUUAUGUGUUGGUUGGGUUUUCUGACAAACUACGGCUUAUGAACCUGCUAAUUGACGACAUCCGAACUUUUAAGGACUUCACCGUGAGAGGGUGCAGAGAGUGCACCUUCAGUAAUGGGGGUCAUCUUUUUGCUGCAGUUAAUGGGAAUGUGAUUCAUAUUUACUCCACCACCAGCUUUGAGAAUGUUAAUAACCUGAAAGGACACAAUGGGAAGGUCCGCUCAGUCAUAUGGAGUGGAGAUGACAAUAAGUUGAUCUCCUGUGGCACAGAUGGUGCAGUGUACGAGUGGAGCUUGUUGACGGGUAAAAGGGAUACUGAGUGUGUGCUCAAGACCUGUAGCUACAGCAGUGUUGCCAUGUCUCCAGAUGCCAAAAUCAUCUUUGCUGUUGGAUCUGACCAAACACUCAAGGAAAUUUCGGAUUCUUCAAUCCUGCGUGAAGUGCCUUCUUUUGAUGUUACAUAUACCGCAAUAGUUGUGUCUCAUUCUGGGCGCAUGGUAUUCACAGGCACUUCAAUGGGGACCAUCCGAUCUAUGAAGUACCCACUCCCUGUGCACAAGGAGUUCAAUGAAUAUCAGGCUCAUGCUGGCCCUAUUACGAAGAUGUCCAUAACAAGUGAUGACCAAUUUCUGCUGACCAUCUCAGAGGAUGGCUGUCUGCUUAUCUGGAAAGUGUAUGAUAAGGAAGGACGGGGUCUGAAACGGGAGAAGGAAGUGGGAUAUGCUGAAGAGGUGCUGAUCACAAAAACAGAUAUGGAAGAAAAGACUCAAGUCAUGCUAGAACUGAAGACUCGUGUGGAGGAGCUGAAGAUGGAAAAUGAGUACCAGCUACGACUGAAGGACAUGAACUACAAUGAGAAAAUGAAGGAAUUAACUGAAAAAUUCAUCCAGGAGAUGGAGUCUCUUAAAACCAAAAAUCAGGUGUUAAAGGCAGAGAAAGAAAAGCAGGAACUGCAGUACCAGGAGCAGCUGUCUGAGCAGAUGGAAAAACAGUCCAGGGAGGUGCAGGACCUAGAAUCUGUCAACAACCAGAAACUUUUGUUGGAAUAUGAAAAAUACCAGGAGCUUCAAGUGAAAUCCCAACGGAUGCAGGAGGAAUAUGAGAAGCAACUACACGAUAUGGAGGAAACAAAGAACCAGGCCCUAGAAGAGCUGACAGAAUAUUAUGAGGCAAAAUUGCAUGAGAAAACCACUUUGCUGGAGGAGGCACAGGAUGAUGCCAGGCAGCAGCUUCGAGAAUUUGAAGAAACUAAGAAACAAAUUGAAGAGGAUGAAGAUCGAGAAAUCCAGGAAAUCAAAAUAAAGUAUGAGAGGCGACUGCGGGAAGAGAGAGAAUCCAACCUGCGGCUGAAAGGAGAGACAGGCAUUAUGAGGAAAAAGUUCAGUAGCCUACAGAAAGAGAUUGAAGAGCGCAGCACUGACAUUGAAACAAUGAGGAUGGAACAGCAGAAGCUGCAAGGCAUCAUUAAGUCGUUAGAGAAGGAUAUCCUGGGGCUGAAGAGGGAGAUUCAAGAAAGAGAUGAGACUAUCCAAGACAAGGAGAAGCGGAUUUAUGACCUUAAAAAGAAAAACCAGGAGCUGGAAAAGUUCAAGUUUGUUCUGGACUAUAAAAUAAAGGAGCUGAAGAAGCAAAUAGAACCCCGUGAGAAUGAUAUCAAAGUAAUGAAGGAGCAGAUCCAGGAGAUGGAAGGAGAAUUGGAACGUUUUCACAAGCAGAACAUGCAGCUCGAACUGAACAUCACAGAGUUGCGACAGAAGCUCAAGGCCACUGACCGUGAGAUGCACAAGGAGCAGCAGAAGGAGCGAGACAUGGAAGCUCUUGUCAAGCGUUUUAAAACAGAUCUUCAUAACUGCGUGGGCUUCAUCCAGGACCCCAAAAAAUUGAAGGAGAGGGUUCGGGAACUCUACAACAAGUACGUGCAGCAGGCAGACAUGGUAGAGAUUGUGGGGGUUGACACAGAUUUGCAGCAGGAGUACACCCGGCAGAGAGAGCAUCUGGAGAGGAACCUGGCAACACUGAAGAAGAAGGUGGUGAAGGAAAGUGAGAUCCACCGAGCUGAUAAUGUGCGCAUCAUGCAGGAAAACGUGAGCCUGAUUAAGGAAAUUAACGAAUUGCGGAGGGAACUGAAGGUGACCCGCACCCAGGUGCAUGAUCUCCAGUCAGCACUAGGAUUGAACCGGAAAAACAAGAAGCAAGGGAUCCCAGACACAGUUCCUUCCAGAGAACUGCUGCCUAGUCCCAAUGUCCUGAGGUUGAAUGUAGGGGAGGAAACAGAGAGAAUCAUAGAAAUGCAACGGCUGGAAAUCAAAUGCCUUCGUGACCAAACCCAAGGGCAGGAGCAAGUUCUUGCUCUUCCACCUCUGUCAGGUGGGACGCUUCCCAAGCUGGAGAUUGAGAGGAGCCAUGGAGGACAGCCAUAAUGACACCACCCAAGGAAACUCGACAAGAUUGCUUUCUACUGACAGGAUAAGAAAUCCUGGAACCAGCUCAGACCUUUUCUCACCUGUGUCCUGUAACCUUCCCUAUUAAUCAGAUACUCCCCCACAAAACAUUCUGUGCGUUUAUCGCCUUCCCUGAGAGAAGGAAACACACAUGCACUGUAUUCUCCCCUCUGAACAGGAGCUGAAAAAAAUAAACAUGCAAAUGCC